CACUCCGCGAAGAAUCCGCGAAGCCGAGAGUUUCCAGAAACGUCGAAAGAAAAACGGGCCUGGAGUUCACAAUGACCAACGAAGAGCCUCUACCGAAGAAGGUUCGCCUCAGUGAGUCUGACAUGAAGACCCUGACUAGAGAGGAGUUGUGUACGAGGUGGAAACAGCACGAAGCCUACGUCCAGGUCCUGGAGGCUAAAUAUACAGAGCUGUGUUCCAACGACGCCACGGUGCUGAAGGAGUCCGAGGAAAAGCUCAAGCAGCAGCAGCAGCAGGAGUCUGCGCGCAGGGAGAACAUCUUGGUCAUGCGACUUGCCACCAAGGAGCAGGAAAUGCAAGAGUGCACAACCCAGAUCCAGUACCUCAAGCAAGUCCAGCAGCCGAGUGCAGCCCAACUGCGGUCAUCCAUGGUGGACCCGGCCAUCAACUUGUUUUUCCUCAAAAUGAAGGCUGAACUAGAACAGACUAAAGACAAACUGGAGCAGGCCCAAAAUGAACUGAGUGCCUGGAAAUUUACACCUGAUAGCCAAACAGGGAAGAAACUGAUGGCCAAGUGUCGAAUGCUGAUUCAGGAAAACCAGGAGCUGGGGCGGCAGAUGUCCCAGGGACGCAUCGCCCAGCUGGAGGCGGAGUUGGCCCUGCAGAAGAAGUACAGCGAGGAGCUCAAGAGCAGCCAAGACGAGUUGAAUGACUUCAUCAUCCAGCUGGACGAGGAGGUGGAAGGGAUGCAGAGCACCAUCCUCGUCCUGCAGCAGCAGCUGAAGGACUCCCGCCAGCAGCUGUCUCAGACUCAGGGGCCGCCGAGCGGCGCGGGGCCCGGCCGGACGUCCGCCGAACCGUCCGGCCAGCCCGAGCAGGCCGGAGCCCCCGCCGCGCCGACGGGCAAAGACUACGGGAGGGUCUCCAACGGGCCGAGCAACGGCAACUCGUCCCAGCGGAGCGAGACCACCACGCCCAGCCUGUACCGCGAGGUCAGCAGCACCGAGGAAGACUUUCCCAUGUCCCCAGUGGCGUCCAGCCCCGGCGAGACCAAACUGUCCAACCACUCGGAGGAGGCGUCGGGGAGCCAGGCGGCGGCCAGGAGGGUCGGAGGGCCCGUGGGUUUCGGGAGCCAGCUGAGCGCGGGGUACGAGAGCGUGGACUCUCCGACGGGCAGCGAGACGUCAUUGACUCAGCACUCGAACGACACAGACUCCACCGCCGACACCCACGAGGACAAGGUGGCCCCGGUGACCAAGGGCACCAGGACUGCGGGCUCACGGCACACGCAGAACGGCCUGGACUCCGGCACGGGCGACAGUGCUGUUUUGUAAUGUACUUUUGACAUGUACUGUCUUUUUCUCGUUUUUUUUUUGUGUGUGUUUUUCUUUUUUAUACAAUAUACAAACAAGGCAACAAAUGCAUAGUUGGUAACAGCGGUGCUGUCCGAGACGGUCCGUUUUCACCCUCCUCCCCUCGCUUAUUGUGAUGCCUCUGUCACAUUUGUGUUGCUAAACAGGGAUGUAACAGUUAGAGGGUUAAUGUUAGAUUUGAAGUGAGUGGAUGUAUGAUUUAAAAACUAGUACGUUUCAUUCUGCUGUUUCUUUGAGCAUGUCUAUGCUGUUCUCGUUUGAGCUCUUGACACUGAAAUCAGGCAUCUGGUGUUGUAACUCAUCGUCAAAUUCAGAAGGUAUCACUGAAUUACAGUAGCUUCGCAGUAUUGAAGGUCAUUUUUAGAUGUUGGCCUGUAUUUUUUUUUCUUUUUUUUUUAAAUGCAGUUUUAAUUUUUCAUUGACAAAAAAAUUAUCUUCAAAAGACUCUGUUGAAUUGUGAGUAGUUUAUUUGCGAUGUUCAUAUUAUUCUGACUUCAGUCCUUUUCAUGUACUGACCAAAUACCAAUAAAGAUUUUUUAAUACUACAAAGUGAA